UUUCUUAUUUAUAUAUAUUGGUAAAUAACUAGUUUAAGGCUUAUAUACAUUUUAUAAAAUUUUAAUAAUUCUUGUAGAUUGAAGAUGAUCAACGAAUGUUUUUCAAAGGCAACAGUUGAAUCUAUAUUAUCAUCGUUGGUGGAUAUCUCUAUGAAGAAUGAGGAUAAAUUGAUUCUCCAUGCUAUAAGAUCAAUGAAAUAUGGUUCCCCAACAAACCUAAAAAUCUUCCUCAAAUUGAUUAGAGAAGGGCGGAUGCAAAAUCUUGAAAAAUGCUUUGUUCAUGAUUAUAAUGUCAAUCUUUCAAUAAGAUUUCAAAACGACGCCACAGAGGUUGUAAUAUUGUUUUUAAUAUAUUUAAAUUGUUAUCCAAUAAUUAAUGUGCAUAUAUUUAAACAUAAACAGGGUAUAAGAGCGAUGUUAAUCGAAAGGGAUAAAAAGCCUCAGUGGAAUCCCUCAACUUUAGAGGAAGUGAAGGAAGAAACAGUGAAAAAAUGUUUUGAGGAGCUUGAGGAUGUUGAGUUCGAGCCUCUAGUUCUAGAUGCUUCUAGAACCCUCAAUGAUGGACUGAUUUCUACUACACGCCCAAAACUAUGAUCAUUAAGUCUGUUGCGCCAACGAUCAUCUGGGGAAGGGAUUGGAAACUUUGAAUAAUAAGGCUGAUUUGAAUUAUCUGUUAAAAAAUAUUGUUUAUGUUUCAUGGUUGUUUAUUUAUCAAAGAAUAACUAAAUAUGUCUUGUAAACUAAAUAAAGAUUCCAUUAUUGGGAUAAUAAGGGAUGUGAACGUAUACUUUAAAAUUAAACAUGUUUCUCAAAGUUUAUAUGAGUGACAUAA